CGACCUUUGCUAUAUAAAGAAGAUCAUUUACACAUCUUCUUUAAAGUUAAAUUAAACCUACCAGAAUACAUACAUUCCGACAAUGUCUCGUACAUGCGAAAGCUCCUCAGGUUCGUCCUCCGACAAGACCUUAAAACUGUUCGGCUUCGAACUCAUCAGCGGUAAUCGCUCGCAGGAAGUCACGACAACAGAUAGCGUCAGCUCUUCAACGAACAACACGGCGCCGUUUAAAGCGAAAAGACUCGAGUGCCAAUACUGUGGCAAAGAGUUUGCAAAUUCUCAAGCCUUGGGUGGUCACCAAAACGCUCACAAGAAGGAGAGGUUGAAGAAGAAGAGGCUUCAGCUUCAAGCUCGACGAGCUAGCAUCGGCUAUUAUCUAACCACCCACCAACAACCAAUAACGAAGUCGUUUCAGAGACAAUGCAAAACGCCGUCGUAUUGCGCGUUUUCUUCCAUGCAUGUUAAUAGUCAGAUUGGUGUGUUCAACGAGGAGUGGGCGUCGAUGUCGUCGCAGAUUAGCUUCGGUAAUAAAGACACGUGUCAAGAUCUUAAUGAGCAAAAUGGUGAGAUGGGUAAGAUGUACGGUGUGAGACAAAACAUGAUUCAGUUCCAGAGAGAUCUGACUUCUCGUUCUGACUCGAAGAGAAGCAUUCAGUUCUUGGAUCGUCAUCUGGGGUUUGCCGGAGAUAUGGCUUAACAAAGAGUGAUAUAUAUGAUUAAAGAAUGUUUACUAGUGAUGUACUUAAGUCUUUAAUUGGAAAAGAUGGAAACAAAACGAGACAAAGUAUUCUUGAUGAAAUUUGAGUUUUAUUUAUUUAGGUUAUGUAUGGUUUAUUUUACAAUUAAUUCCAGCAGUUGAUGUUGUAGA